GACCUUAUCUUCGUCUUACAGAGCAAGUCCAGUUUCAGCAUUUGAUCAGCCUGCUCAUAGCCUUACCUAAAUCAAAACUUCAUAUAUUUUUAGGAAUGGAGAUUCUACCACCUAUUUGGGUGACUGCUUCAGUCCUCAGUCACCCUCACAGUGAAGUUCAAAUAAAACCCAUUUUUUUCCUGAGGUAAUUUGUAUCCGCCAUAUACUUUCACUGCACUUCCAAAAGGAAUUUAUCUUCUUUACAAACACCCUUUAAGUAGCUGAACAUGUGUCUUUCUUUACCUUCUCACCUGGAGGCUACACAAACCUCUCUCUUUCUGCUGCUAUUCAUUCAUCAUGCCUCCAGCUAGCCAUGCUGGGUGUACUCAGCUGGACUCACUCCAGUUUCUCACAGCUGUUACUAUCACCAUUUCAUGCAAUUUAAAAAAACUAAUGUACCAGAGAUGAGCAAACAGUAAGGUGAUAGAUACUUAAAUAUUCAAUGAUUAUUCCAUGAGAAAUAUUUUAGAAGCAAAGAAAUAACGCUACAGCAACACUACACCUUGGUUUAAAAGUAUCAGACUUUAUGCACUGAAAAAACUCCAACACUGCAUUUUUCAUUCGUUUUAUUUAAGAAAACUAGGUUGCAUAUACACAUGAGCAUUAAAAAUCAACAAUGAAAAGGUUUUAGAAGUACAUGACGUCAAAGUGCUGAUCAAGUAGCUGAUAAGAGAGUGGUUUGUGACAGGGUAUUUCUGGCAGCAGUGACAAUGCUAAGCCCAUAUUUCCAAGACUACUGUUGCCCACAAAGUUCUGGUAUUGAUUUAUUUUUUGAGAGAUUGUGAGGGCCUCAGCUGUCCACCUCGAAUAUGAAUCUGCAUGGAGAAUUAAGUUAGGGCAAUUUCACCGAAGGGCAACUCUUGCAGUAUGCCAGUAGACACUACCAGCUGAUUUAAAUCACCAUGCAUUGCCACUGUCCACCAUGCACAUAUGCAGCUACUUUUCUCCUUUCAAGAAGGGACUCUGAAGUGAGAUGACUAGGCUGAGUUUAGAGACCGUCUCCAGUGAGAGUCACAGUAAAUGUUUCAGUUAUAAAUUCUACUAAUCUAGAAAAUAACAGAUUUUACUGCCUAUUAUAUCUGAGUAGUAGAGUUUUUAACUUACAGUUAUUAAGGACCAAUGUAAAAUAAGUUUUUCCUUUUUUUUAAAGCAAUGGAGAUUCAAUACUGCUGAAUAAAGUAAAAUUGUUACAUAUCACCUAAGCUGUAUGUCUUGCAAUGUAUAUACAGUUCUAAAAUACUGCAAAUUAACAGUCUGAUAUUUUUAGAACUUUUAGCAGCAUUAAUACAUAUAUUAACUUACAUUAUGUUUACAUUUAAAAGGUUGUAUUUAUAACUAAAAAAUGGAAAGUGUAAUUAAUAUUUAAAUGAAAAUGCCAAUCCUGGAAACUUUUGUGGUAUUUGCCUGGAAGAAAGGAAUCUUAAAAUCCUUGUAUUUAUUGCUUACUUUCUUAUGGUUCUUGGCAGGCUUUAGAUGAACUAGCAACUAGUAACUACAGUUCUGACCACAGAAAGAUACAACUACUCCUCAUGAUGUCCCCUUUAAUCAACACAAGUUGACGCUGGAACUCAUUUGUACAAAUAGUUACUAUGUACUAUUUUGUAAGUCUUAGAAGAGAUGAUAAUUUGUAAAUUCACACUUAUUUCCUACUCAUUACUAUUAAAUUUAUUUUAAAACAGAUUUUACUAAAUUCUUUGCAGAAGAAUAUUUGACCGGAACUAGAGGAUCAUGAUGACAACAAGAUUCAUCUGUUUAAUACUAGUAACUGUUGUGGGAGUUACUACAAGUGAAACACAGGAAUUUGAAGGCAAUGACAAGGAAAAAGCUCAAGAAUUCAUUUAUAUGAAUAGAUAUAGGCGUUCCAGUGACACACAGGACAAAUGCACUUACACCUUUAUUGUACCUCAGCAGAGAGUGACAGGUGCUAUUUGUGUUAAUUCUAAGGAGCCUGAAGUUCUGCUUGAAAACAGGGUAAAUAAACAAGAAUUACAGUUACUUAACAAUGAACUUCUUAAACAAAAGAGACAAAUAGAAACUCUUCAGCAACUGGUAGAGGUGGAUGGUGGAAUUGUUAAUGAAGUUAAACUGUUAAGAAAAGAGAGCAGAAAUAUGAAUUCUCGUGUCACACAACUCUACAUGCAGCUAUUACAUGAAAUUAUCCGAAAACGUGACAACGCCUUAGAACUUUCUCAACUUGAAAAUAAGAUUUUGAACCAAACUGCAGACAUGUUGCAGCUUGCAAACAAAUACAAAGACUUAGAGCACAAGUAUCAACAUUUGAUGUCAAUCGCCAACAAUCAGACAAUAAUAAUUGCCCAGCUGGAAGAACAUUGUCAAAGAAUGCCCUCCAUAAAGCCACUGCCACAAACUCCACAACCACCAAUUAAAGUGUACCAGCCUCCUACUUACAAUCGCAUUAAUAACCAGAUAUCUACUAAUGAGAUUCAAAGUGAUCAGAACUUAAAGGUUCUGCCACCUACCUUACCAACCAUGCCUGCAGUUACUAGUAUUCCAACUUCAACUGAUAAACCAUCUGGGCCCUGGAGAGACUGUCUACAAGCAUUAGAAGACGGCCAUGACACAAGCUCCAUCUAUCUUGUAAAACCAGAAAACACAAACCAGCUUAUGCAGGUCUGGUGUGACCAGCGGCAUGACCCCGGUGGCUGGACUGUCAUUCAGAGACGGCUGGACGGCUCUGUCAACUUUUUCAGGAACUGGGAAACAUACAAGCAAGGAUUUGGUAAUAUAGAUGGAGAAUAUUGGCUUGGAUUAGAAAACAUUUAUUGGUUAACAAAUCAAGGCAACUACAAACUGCUCAUAACAAUGGAAGACUGGUCAGGUCGAAAAGUAUUUGCUGAGUAUGCCAGCUUCAGACUGGAGCCAGAGAGUGAGUACUACAAGCUGAGACUGGGACGCUACAAUGGCAACGCGGGAGAUUCUUUCACUUGGCACAACGGCAAACAGUUCACCACGCUAGACCGGGACCACGACGUAUAUACAGGUAACUGUGCUCAUUACCAGAAGGGAGGAUGGUGGUACAAUGCAUGUGCUCACUCAAAUCUCAAUGGAGUCUGGUAUCGUGGAGGACACUACCGCAGUCGAUAUCAGGAUGGUGUUUACUGGGCUGAAUUCCGGGGAGGAUCAUAUUCACUAAAGAAAGUUGUUAUGAUGAUAAGACCUAACCCUAACACAUUUCACUGAAAUAACUCUUCCCUUGGUUUGCUUUGUUGUUCUAAAAAUCACAUAAAGCUAUGAUUUUAUUACCUGAAAUUAUCUUUUCAGAAAUGAGGAAUGUAGGAUACUGUACAUUUAUUGAUAACGUAUGAGGGCUUGUAUAUUAUAUUUUCAAGAAUCAUCCCCAGAAAAAGAGCCGAAGAAAAGGAACUGUAAUAACAUUCAGAACACCUCUUGGUCCUAUUGUCCUAUUGGAACUUGCAGUUUAGAUGAAAACUGUAGAUAAACUUCCUGGUUUUUAUUCCCUGUAAAUUAAGUUUGGAUGAUAAAAAUUUUGCCACCACAUUUAAGUAUUUUUGUAUGUUAUGUAUAAAUAUUCUCAAAUACAAGAAAUACUACAAACUGUACAGUAAGAGUUUUAUUAUUGUUAUUAUAAGCAAUCAUUUGACACAGGAAUCAUAUCCUUUGAAGUAGGUAGCUGGUAUAUGUACAUUAGUGUAAUGAUUAGGUAAUCUUUGUUAACUACCAUGAAUAAAGUUAGAACUAUAUAAUUCUGUUUUGAGAGCAGAUACUCAAACCAUUAUUGUCCUGAUAAAUCUGGCCUUUUCCCUUCCCUAUGUGCAUUUAAAUAAUCUGCUCCUAGAAAAGUUCACCAUUAAUUCAAAUAUUUUAGAUUAAAAACAUUAAUUAUUUCUUACCAAAAUGAAGUAGCUACUUGCAUAUGGAAAUUAAUCCAGAUUUAUAAUAGGUAUUCUGUGCUCUAUACCCAACAAGUUAUACUACACAACUGUUACGGUAUUUUGUACCCGACUUCAGUGAUUACCUGCUGUGUAGCCUCUGUAUUCAGAAAUGGCUGGAUAUAAAUUAAAGGGUCUAUCCAACUUUGCAGGCAAAUGAUGGAUACCAAUUUAUAAGCUAUUUAAUAACCUUAGCCUUUAGAUAAAAAAUUAUAUAGAGAACUUAUCCAUAGCAAAAAAGUUAUUUUAAACAUAUUUCACAAUUAUUACUGUCAAAUUAUUAAACAGAU